UUCUGGCAGGAUGUUGCGAAGGACACUGACUUAACUCGCACAAAAACUCAUCUUGGACUUCUCCUUUAGAACAUUAAAUCUUUUUACAGGUGGCAUAUUGGUGUUCUUUAUUUUUAUCAUUUCUCAGCUUUAAUUGUGUAAAGCCAUUGUUUAUAGCAUAUAGAGAAAAGAGCGGGGUUUUUUUUUGUUAUUUUUCCUUUAAGGAAAGGAAAUGCCUACUGUCAGUAGGUAUAUGAGUUUUCGUUCAUCCAAGCGACUUAAAUUGAUCAGCAGCUACCCAGUAGACAGCAGUGGUGGCGGGCUGCCAGAAAAAGUGAAGAAAAGCAGGAGCAGCUUAAGCAAUGGCAGCAUCAAGAAGGUGGAGACCAGGAAAGCCUUGAGCCUGGAAGCAGCCCAAAUCGAGAUCCAGCAACAGCACAAAACCCUCACCAGACAAGUAGCCAUCAGGUCGCAGACGUUCGAUGUUGACAGCAGAGGCUUUGAGAAGACAGAAGGCCCAAGCACACAAAGUAGUUUCAUAAAGCACAACAAGACAUUCCACAAGUUGUUUCCAGACAUUCCUGAGAGUGAAGACUUGAUACAUGCAUACAUCUGUGCGCUGCAGAAGGAAGUGCCCUACCAUGGUCGGCUGUACAUCACAGACACCCAUGCCUGUUUCUACUCUUCAGUCUUACUCAAGGACACUAAGGUAGUGAUUCCAGUUUCCUGCAUUCACAUUGUGAAGAAGCAGAACACAGCUUUGCUGGUGCCCAACGCCUUGUCGAUCCGCACCACAGAAGGAGACAAGUUCCUGUUUGUGUCACUGCGGAACAGAGAAUCAUGUUAUCAGCUGCUGCGUUCAGUCUCUCCUCAGAUAGAGGAUGGUAGCACAAAUAGUAGCCCGGUCUUCUCCUCAGCCGAGAACAGCUUUGAUAAGAGCAAACUUGUGCAGAACUCCAGCCAGUCCAGUUUGGACGACAGCUUCGACCAGUUCGACGGCUCUGAAUCUCAAUCUUUACAGGACCAGCCUCUGCAUAGACCACACAGAGAGGCAGUGCCUAAUUGUAAUGGCUCGCCUUUCAGGAGCCUGCACAUGCAGCAGAGUGAUAGCUCGUCUUCAGAGGAGCUGUCUGCUUCAGGUGGAUCGUGGGUUUGGAAUGUGACAGAAAAGGCUAAGUCCAUGCUGGUUCAGAGAGAAACCAGCACCCUCAACACUCUACUCUUCAUUUACUUGAUUUUGGUUGUGCUGCUGCUGCUGUCUUCAGGCUACAUUGGUUUGCGUAUCGUGGCUCUGGAGGAACAGCUGACAUCCCUUGGGGCUCUGCCUGAGUUCACUUUACAGAGCGGGUACCGCCAAGACACAUAACACUCGGUGACUAAAGGAGAGAUUGGUUGACCUGUGACUGAAGGAUUAUUUUAGCCUCUUCCCAGCAGAACCCAGUGGAGAACUUGUGUACUCAGACUGUGCUGCCAAUGUGGCCUGUGCUGUUGGCUUGAGGACGAGUGGCCAACCUGUGCAAUUUCAAAGACAACUUGUAAACUUGAAGGGCUAUACUUCCUCCUAGUGCAGUAAACAAAAGGACAUGCCACGACUUAGUCGCACAGAGCCGAGCCAAAAUGCAUACAUACUGCCUGGUUGCAGCGUGUCUGUCAUUCAAACCAAAGCCAAACGGCUCUAAUUUAGCACGGUGCCACACUAGCCAAGGUGAUGGGCACUUUCCUGACAGAAACUGUUCCACAUCUGUGAAUUUAUGUUACCCAUUGUCCUUCAUUCAUUCUCUUCUCCAUGAGCAUGCAGUCUGAACAGGGCUAUACCAAUCAGCAUUAGCCUGCUAUAGUGCUAUGCAUAGCCAAAGAUGCACACAGUGCACGUCUAUUGCAUGAGUGCACGGAGAUGACUUUUAAUUGAUUUUCUAUCUCUUAUUUACCCUUCCAUCUAUCAACAGUAUAUACAAAUCUGUCUCUCUGUUUGACUUCAGUAACCUUUGGGUACUUCUCUUCUUAAUGGCUCUUUUCUUCCUAAUCAGCUGUGGGUUGAAAUGAUGAUAGCUGAAUUCAGAUCAACCUAUGGAGGCUUGAAACUCUCCUGAUGGUCGUAUCCUUUCUCUCUUUCUCCAAUCAGCAAUGAUUGCAGUACUACUUUCCUCUUACUUUGGCAUGAUUUAAACUUGUUUAAUGAUCAAUGCUCAGAGGUUAUUCUUUCUCCAGUCUCUACUGGAUGAAUGCAUCAUCAAUGCACAAAUAUUUAGUACAAUAGGAUAUGAGGAGGUAGUCUCAGAGGUAUUCAUUUGUUUUUGUGUACGGCUUUUCUAUGACUUUUGUCUUGAAAAGUAGACUUAUAAUCUGUCUGGUUCAGAUGUCUGUCGAUGUUCUGUUUUAUACCGGGAAAAAAUGACCACGUUGUGUUAAAGUACAAACAUCUCUUUCACGGGCCUCUUGAGGACCAUGUGGCAUUUCUAGAACUUUCAGGUUAUUUAACGUAGCACCAAUAAUUUAUUUCUAAUGUUCAUGCACGUGUCUGCAAAAUCGACACUUAACUGAUACUGUAUAUGCAUUCUCGCUCUUUAUCACCCAGAGAGGAGAGUAUGCAACCACACUUGCUGUAAGGUCCAAGUUUUCAUCAGCAAAACAAGUGGUCCCAGAAAGAAAUUUCAAUAUGCAACAAAAUAUUAUUAUUAUUAUGCAUGACAAAAUGUAAUUUAUCUUUGUGUGCUGUUUUUUUAAUUGGAGCUUGAUGUUUUGGGGGUAAAAAAUUGUGGAAGAAGAAG